AUGUCCGCGGCGCCGGCGGUGAAGCGCGAGCUGGAGGCGGAGGGCGCGCCCGCCAGCCCGGGCCGCAAGCGCCGCAAGCAGGCCGCGCCCGCGCGCGCGCAACCCCCCGCCCCGCCCCCGCUGCCGCUAGAUCUGCACGCUAAGGUCGCUGACAUCUACAAGAGCGCGCUCGCCUUUGGGGACCUCCCACUGCCGCCCUUCGACCCCCUCGCCGCCUUCCGGUUGCUGCCGCGACACGACCCCCCCAGGAUAUUCAACCCCGAGGCCUACUGCGACCUCUGCUGCAAGGAGUUCUGCAACAAGUACUUCUUGAAGACCCAUCGCGCCAACAAGCACGGCAUCUACGACGGUGACGCGCAACCCGUCCCGCAGCCCUCGCCCCCGCGCCGCGCUUCCGAUGAGGAGUCGGGCGGCACUCCCCGCCGCCUCUCGCCGGAUUCCGCCCGCCGCGCGCGCGAUGCCGGCUUCCAGCCCGACGUGCUGCGCCGCCUGGGCGUCAUCAACCCCGAGGCCUUCUGCGAGAUUUGCUGUAAGGAAUACUGCAACAAAUACUUCCUGAGGACGCAUCGCGAGCGGAGGCAUGGCGUGCCGGCGCAGCGCUCGCCGGCCGCUACUCCUCCCAUGCAGCCGCAGCCCUCUGCGCCCCUUACGCCCGCAAUGCACUCCCCUCCCGCGUUACCGCAGCCGCCGCACAUCUCACCCUCGCCUUACGACGCCGACAUGCCCGCGGAGGUAAAGCGCGAGUGCGAGGACGACCUAGAGCAGGCGCUGCGUGACGGCCAGACGAGCCCGCUCAAUCUAAUCGUAGAAGAGCGCGGCGCCGCCUCCCCGGGCUCCGCCAGCGAGGAGCUGCGCAAACUGCAGACGAUGAUCUCCCAGCUGAACGAGCUGGCGGCGGAGCGGCUAUCGGAGGAGCCGGCGGAGGGCGCGCGCCCGCAGUCCGUAUCACCACCCGCGCAGGACGAGCGCCGGAGCGCCGGCUCGGCCGCCGCCGGCUCCAGCUUCUGCGAGAUCUGCAACAAGGAGCUCUGCAACAAGUACUUUAUGCGCACGCACAUGCAGCGCAUGCACGGCAUCUCGCUCGAGAGCGGCACGCAACUCGGUGGCGUCACCUGCGACAUUUGCCACAAGGAGCUUUGCAGCAAGUACUUCCUGCGCGUACAUAAACACAACACGCACGGCAUCCCCGCCCCACCGGCGCCCGCCAACGCAGCGCCGGCGGAGCCCUGCCCGCUGUGCGCGCGGCGCUUCCGCGGGCCCCGGGCCCUGCGCGCGCAUCUGUUAGCGGAGCACGCGCCGCCCGCACGUCCUGCACCACCACCGCCGCGACCCCUCGACCUGCUUGUGCGCGAUAAACCCUACGCCUGCUCCUACUGCCCUUUCACCACCGACGUCCUCGCGUUCCUGUUCGCGCACGAGCGCGCGCACAUGCAGCGCCCGGCGGAAAGCGGCGGCGGGCCGGAGGGUAGCGAGGAGGCGGAGGGCGAGGCGGAGGCGGAGGAGGGCGGCGAGGUGGAGGCGGAGGCGUACUCGUGCUCGCGUUGCGAGUUCCGCGCGGAGAGUUUCGCGGCGCUGGAGGCGCACGUGCGGGCGACGCACGGCGGUGCGGGCGCGCUGCUGGCCGUGCCGCGGGCGCCGCGAGCGCCGCUCACCAUGCAGCCCUUCGUGCUGGAGGAGGCGGGCGGCGCGCUCAGUCUGCUGCCGGCGCUCGUAUUCCUGCCGGUGCGCCGCCGCGCCACGCGUCGCGCCACCGUCACGCUCACGCUCACGCCGGCCUAG